AUGAUUCUCCUCUCUUCUUUCUCAACCACGCCGCCGUCUCCACCUCCAACUCACCUUUUCCGAUUCACCGCAUCACCAUGCACAACCGUAUCAUAUCUCUUCGCCUCAACUCUCUUCGUUCUCUCGCGUGCCUCUGUUUCAGAUUCGUCUUGUCUCAGUUCAGUUUGUCUGCAAUCCGCAACCUCCGUUACACGACGUCGCCUCCUCAUUGUCUUCGUCACGACCUCCUCUUCAUCAUCUUCGUCUCAUCCUAUUUCGUCUCAACUGCUUCGUCUCAUCUCUGUCAUCAAUAACUUCUCUGAUGCGUGUUUUAUUUUGAUUGGCUUCAAUCAGCACAAGAAGCAAAUCAACAUACUCGAAGAAGAAAAAGAAAGCAACGCAACUUACCUGCCGGAAAAUCGUCCGGCGCGUAUUCGAGAAGAUGACGAUGAUAAGAAAACCAGAGAAUGUCGGUUAAGGCUCAGAGUGUGGUGUUGUUGCGUGAUGAUUGUUGAAGGUUGA